AGAGAUUAAUUAAAGAAAACAGUGCAGGAGGAGGAGGAGCAAUGGAGGAUAUGGCGCCAGGUUUUAGGUUCUACCCAACUGAGGAAGAGUUGGUUUCGUUCUAUCUGCAAAACAAGCUUCAAGGAAGACAAGACCUUGAUCGGGUCAUACCAGUGCUCUACAUAUAUCACUACAACCCUUGGGAUCUCCCACAAUUCGCAGGAGAGCGGUGUCGCAGAGACCCUGAGCAAUGGUUUUUUUUUAUUCCUAGACAAGAGAAAGAGGCUCGUGGAGGAAGACCAAAUCGACUCACUACUUCUGGAUAUUGGAAAGCUAUUGGCUCUCCUGGUUAUGUUUACUCUUCUCGUAACCGAGUUAUUGGAAUGAAGAAAACCAUGGUUUUCUACAGAGGAAGAGCUCCCACAGGAAGAAAAACGGAAUGGAAGAUGAAUGAGUACAGGGCCAUUGAAGGAGAAGCAUCAUCAAGCAGUGCAAUUCCGAAGUUAAGACCAGAGUUUAGUUUGUGCAGAGUGUACAAAAAAUCAAAAAGUUUGCGUGCAUUUGAUAGACGACCAUCUCCAGAAGUGCCAGUGACAGGCCAAGAGGCAAUGGUUCACCAAGUUAUAGCUCACCAUGGCACUGAGGCAACAACAUCUCAUCAGAACCGUCCAACCAUGGUGAGAAUAGGCUCACCAGAGUCCUCCUCCGAUGAAGAUCAUCCUAAUCCUUCUAAAACUGUGAGAAGUGAUAACUUGGAUAUGGAUAUUGGCAAUGAGCCUUUGUGGGAUUGGGAACAUCUUAAUUGGUUUUAAAACAAACGGUCAAAAGGUAUCUAAAUUAUCCAAUAAAAUUGAGACCAUGAGCUAGUAGAUUUUUUUUUU